AUGGGCACCAAACGUCGAGGAUCCGAGCUGGAUCAUGAAGCGAAGAGGAUCAAGUCUGACGACGACAAGAGCGACGAUGAAGUCUCAUCCAGCAACUGUGUGCAGACUACCCCAGCUUUGCCUCAUCAACCUAUCGCUGAUUUGGACGACUUGCCUCAAAUGGCUCGCGACCAAUUCAACUUGCUACUACAAGCUCUUGGGGAGGUCGCCCCGGAGAGUCUGUAUAAAGUCAGUAUCUUGGAUCAAAUCAACGCCAUCAACUCAAAUGUUGGCCGACCGACCUUCAAGUAUAAGCCGCCUGACAUUACAAUCCUGCUUGGCCGUCAGCACAAAAUUGAUGAUACUCACGACUGCGAGAAAACCGGCUGCAUCGAAUUCUACGUCAAAGCCAAAACCCUGCCUUACGGCAAUGGUUACUUUCGAGUCGAGGAAAAAGAGUUUAGAAUGAUAAUGGGUGACGGAUCCUCCUCCCCAUAUUGUGAUGAAAAUCAUGGGGGAUCGACAUUUACACAAACGCCUUGGAAGGAGGAAUAUCGACUUAAAGUAAAGAGCCUUGCCAGAAAAGCCAUAGUUUCUUACAACCGUGAGGUGCUCGGUUAUUGGGUCCGUAAAAUUGUUCAUGCCGAACUUCUGAUUCCUCGUAUUGAAGGACGAGAACAUGCUAGGGGAGAGUUUCUUUCCGGUAAUGUAGUAUGGAUUGCAGGAUCUCAGAAUACCUUGGGCUUUCGCGGAUAG